AUGGAGUACAUCCAAAAAAUGAUAAGGCCUUUUACAGAUCGCUCUAAUUAUUACAUUCAACCUCCCAAUCCAUUCAAGAGGAAAGAAUCAAAACACACUCAUGAUCCAUAACAAGUUUUGUUGUAUAUCAAGCAGAUCUAUUUCACUCUAUAAACACAACAGAAUGUUAACAUGUCCUUUCUUAAUCCAAAUUAUUUUUCAGAUAUCCAAUCAGACCUCAAUCCUGAAAUGAGAGCAUAGAUGAUAGACGAACUCAUGAAGGCUUAGCGAAGAACCUUCCAUUAAACCAUUUAUUUGCUCGAUGUUUAUUUAAGUACAAAUAGAAUAUUUACCGCUCAAAUCGAUUCGAUAUACAAGACAUGUUAUUUUGUAGCGUCCAAAUACGAAGAGAUCUAUCCAAGUCCGUUGUGGAGAUAUACACACGACAGAGAUGAGAUGCAAGAGAUAUUUCAGAUCGAAAAAGAAUUAUUAUGCAUUCUGGAUUUUAAGUUGGUCACUGCAUCCUCCUAUGUUUGGUUAAACUACUAUUGGACAAUAAUUAACAUUGCAGAAAAAACUUCGAAUUGGCUCACCUACUCCUUACUCUUGUUAGAUGUGGCAGUUUACAAUAUCAAUAUCAUCAAAUAUGAACCAUCCAAAAUUGCAUGUGCUUCUCUCUAUACCAGUGCCAUCAUGUUGAAUAUAUAAAUGAAUUGGAAUAGUUUUGCAUCUCAAUUUGGACUGCAUUUCUAACACGAAAUUAAAGAAAUUUCUAACUUAAUUAUGAUAACUUUGAAAGACAGUGUAAAUUCAAAAAGAGAAAUUGUCAAGCAUAUGCAACUGCAGAAAGAAAGAGAAAUCUUUUGA